CCCCUCUCUCUCUCUCUACAAAUAUGGCUGUCUACGUUCUGUUCUUGCAUCAUCACUUCUAUUCUCCGCCAUCCUCACUUUCCUAACCCUAAGUUACCUUUUAUAAAAUCAAAGGGAUCUUGCGUUUUUAAUACAGAUCACUCUACCUCUCUACCUUUAUUCUCUUCUUUCUAUUUAUAUUCCUCCACUUCAGGUUGCAUCUCAAGUCUGUUGAAGAAGUUGUAUUAAUGGGAGAAGCUCCAGCUUUCUAUGUUGAUGAUAUGCAAGGGAGUUUUUCAAAUGGAUUUGAUCUGAAACUCACAGGCUUUGAAACAGCCAUUGCUGUUGGAAAUAAAACAUAUGUCAUUGGUGGGAAUGAUGAUCCAACAUCAAAUGGAGUUCGUAUUUUCGACAAAUCAACCGGUGAAUGGGUGAUUCCAACCGUUUUAGGAACAAAACCAAAGGCACUCGAGGGCCAUUUAUGUGUGCUUUUGAACCAAGAUAAGAUCUUGAUCAUCAAAAGCAAUUCCAACUCUAAUGAAUCUGUUUGGUUUCUUGAGGUGGACACGCUAUUCAUUCAGGAUCAGAAGAAGAAAUUCGAUACCGAAGUAGUUGCUUGGAGUAAGGGAGUUAUUGGUGAUGCUGAACGGCCCAUCGUGAUUAGUGGCCCUUCUGGGGUGGGUAAGGGUACGUUAAUUAAUCUGCUGAUGAAAGAGUUUCCGACAAAAUUUGGAUUCUCGGUUAGCCACACGACUCGUGCUCCAAGGGAAAAGGAGCAGAAUAGAGUACAUUAUCAUUUCACCAAGCGCAGCGUUAUGGAGGAAGAGAUUAAAGCCGGCAAAUUUCUUGAGUUUGCUGCAGUCCAUGGAAAUCUUUACGGAACUAGCAUAGAAGCUGUUGAUGUAGUUGCUGAUGCCGGAAAGAGAUGCAUCCUCGACAUUGAUGUUCAAGGGGCAAGGUCAGUGAGGGAUAGUUCACUCGAAGCUAUUUUCAUCUUUGUUUGCCCACCCUCGUUUGAAGAGCUUGAGAAGCGCCUUCGUGCAAGAGGAACAGAAACCGAAGAACAGAUCCAGAAAAGACUUAGAAAUGCUAAGGCUGAGCUUGAACAAGGAAACUCUCCGGGCCUUUUUGAUCAUAUUUUGGUGAACAAUGAUCUGGAAGCUUGUUAUGAGCAACUUAAGAACAUCUUGGGUAUUAGUGAAAGCAUGAACAUUCCCCCCAAAACCCCAAACAAGGCGUUUGACUUGUCCGUUGACCUCUCAUUGUCCAAAAUCAACGAAAACAUCCUGAUAAACUGUGGGCCUGCUGAACAAAGGGUUGUGCUCGACUUAUCAUCAAUGAAAGGAGGAGCACCUGCACGGACAAGAGGACUAAAUAUGUACGCUCUUGAUCCGAUUACAGAUGGCGCAAACGGCUGCUACUUCUAACCCGAGUACCAAAACCUCUAUUCACGAAUUCCCAUUUUGUUUUCUUAUUAUAAGGAAGACAAAAACGCAGUAACUCGUAGUUAGAUUUCCCCUUUUUUGGGGUAUUUAAAGUCAUUUGAUUGAGGAUUGGAGUAACUUCUGAGAAUUCAAUUUUGAAGAAUGAGAAAGGAUAUGAAAAUUAUGAACUUUUUAGAA